UGAGUGUAAAAUACAGCCAGCUAUAACAAUCCGGCCAUCAACAAAAAUGAAGUUAUGUAAAAAGUGUUUUGUCCGCAGUAUAGAAGACCAGGUGCACAGUACAAUCAAAGAAACAGAGAUGUUUAAAGGCACUACAAGAUUAAUAAUUGGUGUAAGCGGAGGGAAGGAUUCGACUGUUUUGGCACACAUUCUUAAUAUACUGAACAAAAGACACCAGUACGGUUUGGAGCUGAGGCUUUUAUGUAUUGAUGAAGGGAUAUCAGGAUACAGAGACAAGUCAAUAGAGGUAGUGCACACAAAUGAGAAAGAUCUAAUGAUUCCAUUAAAAAUAAUGAUUAUGACGAGAUAUACGGAUAUACGAUGGAUAAAGUAGUGGAUAAAAUUGGUAGAAAGAGCAACUGCACAUACUGCGGAGUGUUUAGGCGAGGUGCGCUAGAAGAUGGUGCCAAACUUCUAAAUGGGGACAUGAUUGCUACUGGGCACAAUGCAGAUGACAUAGCAGAAACUAUUCUUUUGAACUACUUCCGAGGAGACAUGAAUAGACUAGUUAAGUGUGCACAUCCAAUAACACAGACAACGUCUAAAGAUGUAAUACCCCGGUGCAAACCACUUGCAGAUGUAUACGAGAAAGAAAUAGUAAUGUAUGCCUUUUACAACAACCUACCGUAUUUUUCAACUGAGUGCAAGUACUCGCCCGGUGCAUUCCGGGGAUACGCCAGAACAUACAUAAAAGCCUUAGAAAAGACAAAUCCACAAUCAAUUCUAAAAAUUAUCAAGUCAGGAAAGCACGUGCAAAAACACUCACACCAGAUGGAAAGCCAUCCAUGCAAAGAAUGCGGAAAGAACUGUUCUGGUGCAGAGGGUGUGUGUAAGUCCUGUUUACUACUGAAAUCUCUUUCUGUAAUAUUAUAGACCAUGCAUAAUCCGAAAUAACCAGAAAUCGUUAUUUUGGUGCUAUUUUGACCUUUAUACGAUUAAUCUAGCAAUAAUCUC